UAAACAUAACCUCCAAUAACUAAAUUGUUUUCAGGAAUUUAGUUUUUUACUGUUAAUUAAAUUAGUAUAUAGUAGUAAAAGAUGGUGUUUAUUGGCGUUUUGUUUAUAAAUUUGCUAUUUGCUGCUGCUCAAGACUCUGGCUACUGUGAUGCUUCCUCAAAAAGUUGCGAUCUCAACGUAGACGAACAUAAGCUCAUUUUCUAUGAUGUAAAUCCACCAGAAGGCUUCAACUUACGUCGCGAUGUAUACAUGAGAUUCGCUAUAAUGCUUGCCGAAGCACAGAAGCAUGGAAAACGGAAGGACUGGCAAUUAGUUUUGCCACCUUGGUAUCAUUUAUACCAUUGGAAAAUAUCGCGGAAACCGACUCCAUGGGGAUCUUUUUUCGACUUAAACUCCCUUAAAUCGUAUGCUCCUGUAACCGAAAUGUAUGAGGUGAUGAGUAGAACUCCCAAACUAACCAUUGACAGAUUGUACGUACUCCAAAACUUCGAAGAUGCGUUUGAAGGUGGCUAUUUUAAAGAGAAGUGGGAAAUUAGUAAGGACGACUGUUACUACGAAGGAUUUUGGGGCUACAACAAUAUAACUGUGAAAGAGAAGAUUUGCGUCAAAUUUCAAGGGAAAAUUUCCAAACUAUGGGAGCUUGUACAACUCCACCCGAAGGACAAAAAAAUAAUGUUUUCACACGGAGAAAUACCGUUACACGACUCUUAUGGUACUAAAAGUUUUUGGGACUGCAGAUGGAGCAUGAAAUUUAACAAUAAACUCAUCCAAAUUGCAUCAAAAUAUAUGGCAGAUAACUUGAGUUGUGAUACUACAAAAUGCUCUACAUAUUUAAGCGUACACUGGAGACGGCAAGACUUUAUUUACGGUAGAAAAGAUUAUGUCCCAUCUAUUGAGGGUACAGCUAAACAAAUAGACAAAGCAAUCAUAAACAACAAUUUAAAAAUUAAUAAAAUCUUCAUAGCUACAGACGCAUUAAAAUCAGAAAUAGAAAAACUGGAAGAACAGUUAAAAAUACUUAAUUAUAAACCUUUUCUAUACAUACCUACUAGAAAAGAUAUAGAAUUACACGGAGAUGGGGGAAUAGCGAUAAUAGAACAAAUAAUAUGUUCCCGGAGUUCAUAUUUUAUAGGAACUCAUGAAAGUACUUUUACAUUCCGCAUUCAAGAAGAACGUGAGAUCUUAGGGUUUGGUAGUGAAACCACUUUUAACCGACUGUGUCCAGAUAAAGGUAAAUGUGAUAAGCCUUCAAAGUGGACUAUUGUGCAUUAACACACCAAGGAAAGUUUCGCUAAAUCUUGAAAUGUUCAUUGCGGGAUGGGGUCAAAAGACCCCAUGCAAAAUAUGCUUUAUUACCAUCAAGGUUCGGAGAACCGCCUGUCAUUUAACAUUACGCCCAUUACAUACAUUUUUGGUCAUGUACGACCCAUUUAUGAGUCGAAAAUGUUUGUUCACAGUCUACAGAUGUCAUUAGGGCAUUUAUUUAUUUUUGGGGCAUUUUCUAUGAAAAGGGACCUUAUUGUCGAUGGCGCUUACGCCGCACAGUAUCGCGCGGCAUUGUAUUUAUAUCAGAGGAUCGUUUAUCUAUAAUGGUGUAAGCACCAUCGACAAAAAGGUCCUUUUUUAUAGAAAAUACCACAUUUAAUUGAUGACAUUGGUAUAAGGAAGUCUCUGUUGUACGGAACAGGGUUAAGUUUUCAAAAUGACGGGCGUUUUUCCGAGCCUUGUUAGAAGUUUCACGGAUCGCUGCAGCGAAGGUGGUAACGGCAAGCAAGCUACACUUAUCAUAUUAAGACAAGCAAAGAUGAGAUUUAAGCAAAUAAGUAAAUAAUAUUUAGGCUGUUGCAUAAUAUAAAAGAAAAUAAUUUGUACCUAAUUUUAUACAUUAUUUAAUAUUAUAUUAUUUUUAAUGUAAAUCUUGAUUUCUCUUA